AUGGAGCCUAAACAGGAAUAUCAUGAUCCUGAUUACCCUGACGCUGCGGUCUGCGUGAAGGAGGAGCCACCAAGCCUGUCAGAAGAUGAGAAAGUUGAUAAAAUAAAGGAAAUUAUCCGGCGGGAAUUUUUGAAUGAGCUUGAAAUCCGUGAAAAUGAAGUUAUGCUUAUUGACCAAAGGAUGUCGACAUCCCGCCGCCUCCUCCACCGGCUCCGGUACGCGCUGGUGAAUAGUUACUAUAAGGACCAGAAGCUGAUGCUCACCAACGGACAGAUACAGGAUGAGAUUGCUGCACAGCAUGAACCAAGGGCCAGGGCUGAUGUAUCCACAAUACUCCGCGAUGGCCAGCGUCGGCUGCACCCGUCAGUGCGCAAACUGCUCGGCAAGCAGACCGUCGACCUGGAGGAGAUCUUCAAGACAAGAGCGCCUCGGAACAAAUCCAGGAAGGAUUAUUCUGCGAUGCUACAGAAACGCAACUAUACAAUAUCAGCGGACACUACAAAGACCCUCAGACCUGACAAGAAGUCCGAAAUAGAGGUCCCACCAGAGGAGCCCUGUACCAGUCGACCCAAGAAGGUGCCUCGACACUUGGACCCUAAAAUCACAAACGUGGUCACCCUGGACGAGGUGACCAGGAACAAAAUGAAGUAUAGAUAUAGAAUUGUUAUUGGCAACACGUCGAAGUACGCGCCGGCGGCGUCGGCGGCGGACCGGUCGACCCACAAGUGGCUGCUGUACGUGCGCGGGCCGGCCGCCGCGCCCGACGUGUCGCGCCUGCUCACGGCCGUCACCGUGCGGCUGCACCACUCCUACGCGCCGCACCACACCGUCACCAUCGACAAACCCCCAUACCACGUGUCCCGCCGCGGCUGGGGGGAGUUCCCCGCUAAAAUAGAACUACACUUCGCCCUCCCGGAGCGGAACAGGCCCGCCACCGUGGAACACACCAUCAAGCUGGACAGGAACUAUACCGGGAUGCAGAUGUUGGGCGCUGAAACUCUAAUCGACGUAUGGCUAUACAGUACUCCAGAAAUGUUAGAAUUUGAAUACAAAGAGGAAGCACCGACAGACAAUCCCGAAACAGUAAUCGAACCGACACCAAUAGAGAAUACAGAACAAAAUACACAAGAAAACAACACACAUACAGACAACUGGAUGGAAUUCUUCUCGAAAGGACCUUCAGAAGUAGAUGUAGAUGAAAUGAUAAUAAAACCAGUGAAAAAAGAGACACAAGAGAAGAUAGAAGAAGAUACAGAAGCUAAAGAAGAAAAUGUUCCAAAUGAAACAGAAAAACAAUGGAAGGUUGAUUAUAAAGUUGUAGAUGAUCUACCAAAUGAGAUUCUAAACCAAUCCGCGUUACCAAAAAAACGAAUAGUCAAAUAUAUAGAUCCGAACACAGGCAAAAUUUACUACCUAGAAAUGGACAGGGCUUUAGACCUAAGUAAGGUCCAAGAAAUAGUUAUAAAUAAUAAGACAGCCAAAAUAAGUCCUAUAAAAUCGAACGGGCUAAAAUCUUUUAGAAAGAAGAAAGGCGUCUCUCUACUCAAGCCUGAAGUCAAAAAUAUGUUAAAAAACACUGAAAAUCUGAAACUACAACACAAUUUUGCGCAUAUAGAAAAUGAUCAUUGUUACCUGGCAACACCGAGGAAGGUGGAUAAUGUUGCCAGUGUGGAAAUUAAAAAAGAAAAGAGUUUGUUCGAUAAUCUGUGCGCGAAUGUUGCUAGGUUGAAUAAUGUGCGGUGUGGCGUUAAUUAUUUAAUUAGGAAGAUCCCUUUGGUUACGGAUUUGGCGAGGGAUUCGGAUUUUGUGAAGAAUUUCCCCUUUGUUGUGGAAUCUGAGGAAAAAUAUUGGAAACUAGAUUUUGCUAAGCGGAGGAAUAUUGAGUGGUCCAGAGCGAAAUUAAUAAACAGAAUUUUGUCCGAGCAUAUAACAACAGUGGAGCCAAUAUGGCGGACCAAACAGAUUCUAGCAUACAGCCGACUACACGGACACUACCCAAUAAGAUCAGAAGCGAUGCAAAUAAAAUCCGAAGCAGACGAAUGGUCGACCUGGAAUGACCUGGAAACUCGAAAAAUGGAAUCCAGCAUCAAAGAAUUGUACCCAAACCCCUCGGAUAUCAAUACUCUGUCGCUUUUCGAAAUCUCCAAUUUUUCGACGAGGAAUCGAAAUUCUAAUUCGGUGACCGAAGUGGUUUCUGAUGAUGAAGAGGUCGAUGUUAUUUCCUGUGGGGGACGGGGUAAGGGGGGCGUCGUGGUAGGGGACAGUGGGGGACUGACGGUGCUGCCGGUGGAGGAUGACGACGAUAGACUUCGGUUUUUGUUCGUGGAACGAAAAUGUGCCGAUAUUGGGAUCGAGCUGAGGAAUGAGGAUGUUGGCAAUGGAUGUUCUUAUAGCGCGGUGCACGCGGUCCUACUGUCCGCGAUGCGUAGUUUCGCGGAGGAGUUAGUUCGCGGGGGACUCGCCGUCAAACUCGCCGAGGAUAGCGAGCUCGCCACACCUACUGUUUGGGCUGGUCCGUCGUCGUCCCGCGCCAGUAUCUACGGGCGCCACGUGUACACGGGCGCGAUGCAGAACGUGCGCACGCGCAUGCUCACUGCCGCCGACCUCGCUGCCAAACGACGACAACUUGUCACGCUAUAA